UCUCUUGCACAUUGUAGUCGAAGCGGUAUAGUUGUACACAAAAUUGUUAAAAUAAUUAACAAUGGCCGGCAUGACGAGUGUGGAAAAAGGUGAACUGAUGGAGCAGGUGAAGCAACAGAUUCAGGUUGCCAACGCCCAGGAGCUCCUCACAAAAAUGACUGAAAAGUGCUUUAAAAAGUGCGUUGGGAAGCCUGGAACCUCUCUGGACUCCUCGGAGCAGAAAUGCAUAUCCAUGUGCAUGGACCGAUUCAUGGACUCGUGGAAUCUCAUUUCUCGAGCAUAUGGCCAAAGAUUGCAGCGCGAGUCCAAAAUGUGAGCUGACGUUGGCAGCUUGAACAGCAGCAUCCGCGUCUCUUACUCUAAUUCUAGUUAUUAAAACACAAUAACACUAUUUGUACAAUUUUGACAUUAAUCGGCCAUCGGCAUCGAUGCUGAUCUGUAGAGUUCGUUCCCUUGCGUUCAGCUUCGACUUGGACCGAGAAUAAAUGUAACGUACCUCACCUCCUAAUUUUAAUUUGAAUUCAACUGAACUGUAAAGUGCAAUAUUCAUUAAAUCAGCUCUUAUUUACACAAAA